GAAGAGAGACCAGUCUGAAAAACUGUUCCAUUGUGGACUUUGCUGUUGUCUGCUAGAAUGUUCCUUAUGAAUGCUUCUCCUUUGGUAGCUCUUCAGACAAAAUGGGAGUCCUUUGGACCAGCAAGGAAUUGUAGAUACCCCGUUUGCUUCUCUGAAUCUGAAGGGGACGUCACUAGAACCUCUGUAAGUGCAAAAGUUCAGAUGAUCAUAAACAACCUGCAAAGUCAAGAGUCUCCCCUGGGUAUGAACAAUGAGUAUGAUUGUAUUAUGCAGAAGAAACAAAAGGGAGAAAAGGGCACUAGUAACAGAGUCGCAUCUAGCACCACAUUGCUACGGAAGCAUCCUCAGUAUACCAAGUGUGGAUGCCCUGCUGAUUCGGACGACACUGAAGUGGAAGAGAAUGUGGGUUUUGGGACUCUCUUGCUCGAUUCUGAUAGCGACGAUUCUGUUGACCGAGGUAUAGAGGAAGCCAUUCAAGAGUACUUGAAAGCAAAAAGCAAAAGUGACCAGUCGUUGCAAAGGAAUGCGGAGUGUUCUGACAAUAUAAGCAGAGACAAAAGGUUUAAGAGAGAAUUCUCCCAGAACAAAAUGGCUAGUAAUCUUCUCCCUGUGAAAUUUAAAGCUGAAAUGCUCUCUGAAGAGUACCUGACUGACCACCUGGGAAUUGGUAAAAGGCUACAGCCUGCUUCCCCUCAGAGCAUCAGUAGCGAUGACUCUUUUGAACAGAGCAUACAAGCUGAAAUAGUACAGUUCUUGAAUGAGAAGAAGCAGCAAGAAAUUAGUAGAUGUGUAAUUGGGGAGGAUAAAAAAGAUUCCCAUGUGAGACCUGUCCUAAAAUGCAACAAAGAAACAACAAACAAAACAAACUGUGGUGCUAUAAAGCAAGGUUGUAAUGCGCUCCUCUUGAGACACCAUCCCAAGCUGCAGAAAACCAGCACGCAGUCCAAGUGUUUGCAGUCUAAAAUCCAAGAAGAGCCUAGUGAUUUCAGCCAAGUGAACCAAGCGUAUCUAGAAAUGGCCACUGCCAGCCAGCCCUGGUUAGUGGAGCAAAAUGAAGAAAGUGGAGCUAAUUACUGGGAGACAAGGGGAGCGCUUAUCAACGAGAGCAUGCACACAUCUGACUCAAGUAGCGAUGAUGGCAUUGAAGAAGCCAUUCAGCUUUAUCAGCUGGAGAAAAUCAGGAAGGAGGCAGGUCACACAAAAGACUGUGUCCCUUUGCAGAGGGAACAAUUUGAUACAAAGGGAAUGGCAGACAUUUCUGCAAGCCUGACAAUUAGCUCAACAAAAAGUGCCUCACCAGAAAUCCAUAAAAGCCCUGUAAGCAACAAGAGAAAAGAAAUUAAUUCAAAGUCAACAGAGUUAGAAAGCACCAGCAGUGAAUUUAACAACCUGUUUAAACCACUGAAAAAAGCCAGACAUUUUGCACCUCCAGAAAACAAGAUUGCUGCUUGUGAGCUCACAUUGCAGGCUUCUUGCAGAGCAGACACAUCUGCAGAACUCAUGUGUGCGGAAGCUAUCCUUGAUAUUUCCAAGACAAUCAUGCCAUCCCAAAUGGGAAGUGACAACAAAUCACUCGCUGCAGACUCCUUCUUUUCUCCCCAGCUUCUCUCAUCCUCUCGUUGUGAAAGUGACAGCAGCCUUGUGGACAGUGAUGAUAGUAUAGAGCAAGAAAUCAGGGCUUUUUUGGCUCUGAAAGCACAGUCAGGAAACCUUGGAACAAAGCCUCCCAGCCUGUCACGCUCAAUCCAGAUGCCUUUGCCUUCUGAUCAGAACAGCCUCACUGGUACCCUCGAGCCUUCACUUCCCAAAACACUGAAGCUAUCACUGAGUCGUAAAAGGAGACUUAAAAGGGAAGACAGAAUAGUGAAACAAGGUGCAUCAAAAACACCUGAGCAGCUGGAGACAGGACUUUUCCAGCCAGGUAACUAUUCAAAAUUUCCUGUGCUCCAAGAGGAGUGUGCCCUGAGCAGUCCUGCAGAACUCUGUGAUGCUCAAAGGCUCAGUACUAAAGAGACUAGGCAGCAGCAGCUGAUGUCUUCCAAACUGUCUGGAUCUGACGGCAGAUGUGUGGCCUUGGACUCUGUAAACCCUUUUAUGCAGGUUCAGAGUAGCGCAAGAAAGCUUAUGAAAAAUACCAUCCAAACUCAAGAGAGGGAUGGUUCAGAUGAUGAGAGCAGUUCUCUGGAUAGUGAUGAAGACCUUGAUAGCGCUAUCAAGGACCUUUUACGGUCUAAAAGAAAAUUAAAGAAGAAGUCCAAGGACCAGAAAUCUCAGUGCAAGAAGAGAGUCAGAUUUAGCGAGACUGAAACUCAGCUGCUAGAUGAAUUUAGUAGCCUCCAACAAAAUGAGUGGAAAUGUAAAAAUCCCAUGCUACUGAAAAGCUGCCUCUCAAAACCUAGAAAAGCUGUGAAAGAGAAUGCGAUCAGAAAUCCUCCAGACAACAUAAAUGUCAAACUUACCAAUGAAAAACCAGAAACCAUGAAGAACUUAGAGUUUAACUUACAGCUUAAAAAAGGAUAUAAACCUAAACCAAUUUCAAACUCGAAUAACCUGCGGGUAGCAAAAAAUAAAAAAUGUACUUUCACAGCUGCGUCAGAUGCUGAUGACAGCAGUUCAGUGGACAGCGAUGACAGCAUCGAACAAGAAAUUAGGAAGUUUUUGGCAGAAAAGGCUAAAGACUCUGCAAGCAAUUCAGAGGUACAAAAAGAUGAUGCAACUCUGGACCUAUUGAGAGUGACCAAACAAACUGCUAAUAAAGGAAAAGCAAAGCAACAGCCAGUUGAAAAUGAGAUUGACCUCGUGCUGGGUCAGAGUAAAAAGACUGAGGUAUCUCAGCAAGCUGAUGAGUUGAAGGACUCUCAGAGAACGGAAGGGAAAAGUGCAAUGUUACAUGGCAGUGGGAAAUCUGCUUCCUCUGCAGAGAAUGUUACUCUUCAUACUACUGGUCAGUCAAAAGCUAAGCAAGGAGUGGCAGGGGUUAAAGGUGUUGCUGGUGUUGAGUUAUCUGGAAACGCAACAGGUAAAAAGGCUGUCCCUAAUACAGACCCUGCGCAGAAAAUGCUUCCACCUAAAACCAGCAAAAAUGGAGGUUGUAAAGUACAAAAAGUAAUUAAUGCAAAGUCUAGAUCUAAAAGAAAGAAUACCUUUCACCUAAAAAUCUCAAGUAAAUUUAUUGCAGGUCUAAAAUAUGCUCGGGACAGGAAGAAAUCAAUGCUUUUGAACAAAAGGCAGAAAGCGGAGCGUUUGCUUGCCCAGAGCAGUGUGUUAGGAAUGGAGGUAGCUUCCCAGGAUACAGACGUACUUAACCAGGGAAGUGGAGCCCCGUUGCCAAAAGGUGAAUUUAGUGGGGAGACUAUGACAGCAAUAAAAGAAUCCAGUUCUUCUCAGAAGCUCACUGUGGAAGUGCCAAGUCCCGGUGUAGCAGAAACAUGUGAAAGACAGGAGGCUGCUCCUUUGUAUAUCAAAGAGGAAGCAGAGGGUUGCAGAAAAGCUAAUGCUUCAGGAGAUCAGUUGGAUUCACACUCGAGUCUCCCCUUGCAGGAACAGAGUGUGGCAGCAGUAAAAGUAGAUAAGGUUUGCAGAGGAAUAUCCAAAGCUGAGAACACACAGAUGUGGAUCGAGGAAGGAGAUAUCCACAAAGAGAGCAGGGCUGAUUCAAAUUUAGCUCGCCCAUGCCCUGAACACAGUAUGGCAGUGGUAAAAGCAGAUAAAGUCAGCAGAGACACAUCUCAGCAGAGUAUACAUGCGUGCAGUCAGGGAGAGGAUAACCAGCAGGACAAGAGGCCAGAUCCAAGUUUAGGUUGCCCAGUGCAAGAACUAAAUGUGACAGCAGUAACAGUGGAUAAAACUAGUGGAGGAGCAUGUACAGAUAACAGUAUGCAGAUGUGCGUUAAAAAGGAAAAUGUUGCAUGCCAGGACAGUAACAGGCAGGAAGAAAUUCAGGUAUCCAGCUCCAGUUUGGAAGGAAAAAUACCUGUCCUGCAGAAUAGGGAAAUUGCUUGUGAAGUGGACCAAGGGCAGGAAGUUUUAGACAAAACCUGUGCAAAAUUUACUGACGUACCUGCAGGGGACUGCCCAGAUUCCCUCUUAAAAAGAAAGGUUUCAGAUAUCUGCCUUAGGACAAGCCUAUGUCGUGGUUUUAUGCUGGGGUCUCAGUUCUCCCACCCCGAGGGCUGGUGGUCGAGUUCAGUAAGCAGAACUCCAGUGAAGUCAGCAGAGCUGUGGUGCGGAGAUCCAUCCUUGAAGAUACAAAUGCAAAUUCAGGUAAAUAAAGUGGAUCAGUCUCUCUGCACGUCCUGUGUAAAGCGAUCUCAGCAGCUGCUGAAAGUACCUUUUGAAUGCCCAAAACCUCCUGCUAGCAGAUGAUUUCAAGCACAAUUGCAGUUCAAGAAAAGUGAAGGAGCAUGUCUGUUCAGACAACAUGAUUUCUGUGGAUUUCGCUAGAUUUACGUACUGUUGGGCCUGCAAGGCUGAAACAAUUCCUCGUUAUUCUCAAGUCUCAUUUCGAUGCCCUGCAGUUACCCAGAAAUGGCUUUUGAUUUCCUGAAUGAACUUUCUUGAACCGAGUGCCCUUACGUCCCUUUUUCAAAAGUGGUUUCUAAAAUGUUACAUUUCUGUGAACUUUUAUUUUCAUUUACAAUUUUUGUGCAAUAGAACAAAGCUAGGUUUGCUGUAGGAAGUCCCUAAUGUAAAACGCCAAGGAUAUUUUCAGCACUGUUCUUUCAUACUGGUAAUGCUUUCUCUGCCUCCAUUUCCAGCAGCCAGAAUAAAGCAAUUUUUCACUACUAUCUUUUUAUUUGUACUAACUUUAAAUGGGAUUGAAGUAGCACGUACUUAUCACAAAAAAAGUGCCCCCACACUGGUUUCACGGAAAGAUCCAAAAAGUGUGAAUUUAAGCUGUUGGCUGGUUGUUUUCAUUUGUGUAUAGUGAAGUCCUUUGAGUAGUUUGUUCUUACAUCUUGUCCCUGUGAAUUGAUCCGAUAUUCUCUUUAUCUAGCCUUCUACAGAACUUCUCUCAGCCAAACUAUCACUCAGUAUCACUUUGUUUCUCAAUCACUUCAGCAGUCUUCCUGGAGGCUGGCCUUAAUAUUGCAAAAUGGAGCAAAAGCAGUCAAGAAAGGAUCCAGUAUCGUGUAGUAUCCCCUGGUGUGAUUGCGUUUGCAGAAUGUUGGCAAACUACAGCGUAGCAUAGAGUAGAACAAGUAACUGUGGCAUGUAGAGAAAUAAACAACAUCCUUUGUGUGUUUAUACUGUUGUGCAGUUACAUUUUAAACAUGUUUAUAGUGGUCACUUGACAUUUCUUACUGUCCGGCCACCUUUUUAUAGUUCUUGGGUUGGUUGGUUGGUUUGUUUAAAAGAUCAGUAUGCUAGAUCAUCUCAUUUUUGUGGUAGGAUACUUUGGAAAAGUGUUUUUUACUUAGCUCACAUGCCUGCAGUCAGUCUACACAGGCAUAUAUUUUUGUCUGCCUUGAUUCAGUUGCAGGAUUUGGGCCUUUUGUUUGGAAUAGGUAAAUAGCCUGGUAUUUUAAAAUAGAAGUUUUCAGAGUACCUUGCUUUAAAAGGAUUAAACUGUAUACUUAAUUUUAAUAGAGAUGAUGGAAGCACUAUGUACUGUUUGUAUAAAAUAAGCUGAAUGUUUCUCCUCAAAGUUUUCAGUAAAUCAACGUUAAGACUUAAAAGGUGUCUUGUGCCCCUGUCGAUGUAUCUGUGUUCUCAAUACUACUCGUGAACUGAUUCGCUGUCAGUUUAGAUGCAAUUCCGAUUACCAUGUGCUUUAAAUAAAACCUGAUUUCAAACAGCACUUUUUUUAAAUUGAUAAACUUGAUUUGUAUAUAGGAAAUGGUGUACAUUGAUAAGUUUAUAAUGUUUAAUAAAUGGGGUUCUGACCAUGGACCAUGAAACCAGAGUGCUCCUAUGGUUUGUGUCAUCAUCUUUAGUGAGUAGUAUUUUUGUGUUAUCUUUUUUUCCCUCUUG